AUGUCUAUGAGAACUCUCCCCCUGGUGUUCAUUAAUCUUGGAGGAGAGAUGCUUUACAUACUGGACCAACGCCUGCGAGCUCAGAACACGUCUGAGGACAAUUCAGAGAAAGGAGUGUGGUCAGAAAAUGACAGAAAAAGAGUAAUGAACGACAUCGUUGGGACCAUGUUUAGUAAACCCUUUAUGGACGAACUUCUCAAACCUCAGCAGCUCUAUUCUCACAGGACGCUGAAAACAGUUUUAACUCGCUUAGCACACGCCUCCAUCAUGAGGCUGAACCCGGCCAGCAUGGAGAGGCUUUACGAGCUGAUGGUCAUGGCGUUCAAAUACCAAGUCUUUCUUUGUCCGCGGCCAAAAGACGUGCUGCUCAUCUCGUACAAUCACAUAGACACCAUCAGGGAGUUCGUAAAGGACACUCCUGUGGUUGUGAACCAAGUGGACGAGACACAUAGGAAGAUCAUCGAGGUAUACUCAACUUUAUCAGAGGGUGAAUUCCAGCUUCUCAGACAGACGCUGCUCAUAUUUUUUCAAGACAUGCAUGUUCGCGUCUCACUUUUCCUCAAGAAUCAAGUCCAGAAUCCCAACGGACGAUUUGCCCUGUCGACCUCAGGCCCAGUGCCUCAUGGGAUUGAUGUUCCUGGAUUGAUUAGGACGUUUGACGGUAAGGGCAGAGAAGUGAGACGAAGUGAGUUCCCCACCGGAGGAAGUUACAGCAGCCCCAUCAGAGAGGGAUGCUUUGAACUGCAUGGAGACAGAGUCAUCAGACUGGGCAUGAACAUGUACAAUGUGAACCACCCAGAGGAGACACACACAUCGAAGGCUCCCUCUGUUAAGGUAACAGAUGACACUCCCAACCUGCUGGCCAAGGAGGAGCUGAACCUUCUGGCUCGUCUGAUGGGCGGCAUGAAGGCUGAGAACAAGCCCAAAGCUGAAACUGGCUUUCGGAUCAACCUGUUUACUACAGAUCAAGAGGAGGAGGAGGCGGGAGCUUCAUGUGGAGCUGAGGAGUCCUUGUUUGGAGUGAUAAAUAUUCAAGCGAUGCAGGAUGAACAGGCUGCGACUGAGCUGGCUCGGAUCGCCGGACAGUUUUCAGAACAACAGGAACAGCCUGAAAACCCCAGCGGUAACAAAGGAGACGACCUGCUGGCCAUGAUGGAUGACCUCUGACCCUUAUCCGUCUCUUCAUUUUCAUUAAAUCAAUCGUGGUCACUUAAGUCGGUGAUGAAAUUUAAGAUGUUUUCAUGAGAUUUAUUGUUUUAACUUUAUGGCCUAAAUGACUGAUGCCAGCAUCACACAUUUCAGGUACAAUCACAUUUUGUGUUAAUAUGAACCUCACAUCAUCUCUCACUGUGAGUUUGUGUUUAAUCUGUAAAAUAUGCAGUUGUUAGUGUAUUCUACACAUGGUGCUUUAACAAUUAAGUAACGUAGAGCGCAGGAUCAAGGUCUUUUAACACCUAUGCAUGAUAUGAAGAAUAUUUUAUUUUAAAUUACUAGCACUGCAGCAAAAAAACAC